AUGGGCAAGAACAACUCAAAGAAGGCUGCGCGCCAUGCUCGCAUUACUCAGGACUUCUUUAACCAGGUUCCGGAAUCAUCUACGGAAGAAUCGGCCAAGACCACCACUGAGAGGCCUUCAAUUUCUUUGCCCACGCAAGUCGCCAGAGCACUCAAUUCUUUUGUCAACACUUCAAACGCUCCCAAUCCUACCAUCUUGAGUGGCACCUUUCAACAGAUCGAUCUGGGCGACGACUACAGACAAGUUGCCUGCUUACUCGGAGAGCGUGUUUUCCACACCUUUGAGAGGAGCAAAGACGCCGCUCGAGAUCUCCUUCGUCACUUCUUCACCACUGCUUACUUGACUGUUGACCAGUCGACUGGCAAGAGGGAGUGGCGUGUUGACACGGACGUCAAGAUUGAAAUUGUUCACGCUAUCAAAACCAACAAAUUCAUCGGCCUCUUCACCAGUCAGAGACCUGUCAAAGGCACCAAUCCUGUUGAGUUUGAGGACGUCAUUGACUCUCCAUCCUUCCUCGACGAAUUUGACGUGAUUGGCAUCAUUGUCGACUUCUUUUUCGACUGGGCGGUUGAGUGCGCAGAUUUCCUCCGUCGUAACCCAGACCACAAAGCUGUCGACAUUCCCUUCAAGACCUACGUCGAACACUACCGUCCUUUCACCUGCAUCGGCAUCAUCGAGAUCGCUGCUGCCAUCAGAAACGGAAAGACCAUUGACAUCGACCCUCGACCUCUCGAAUUCUUCAUCGCCGUCAGAAUGAACAACAUGGCUGAUGAGCAGAAUCUUUUCAUCCAGGGUAAACCAAAGAAGACUGGCCGCAAGAACAACAAGAACAAAGGUGAAGGCAAAGUGAAAGCUACUGAACCAGACUCCAACAACAUGGAGUACACUGCCAAACCGGUUGAGAAGAAACAAGAUGACAAAGACAAAGCCGCCGACAUGGAUGUCGCUGCCAAACCUGUUGAGAAGAAACAAGUUGACAAAGAUCAUAACACCAAGAAGAAUGUCGCUGUCAAAGGUGCCAAAGACUUGGAAGAUGACAAAGAAGAUACCAGCGAGGAUGACGCUGCCGCUGCUACCGCUGCUGCUGAGUCCUCUGUCACCAAAGUCGAGUCCACUGCUGAAGAUGUCAAAGGCAAACAGGUCAACAAAGAUAACAUCACUCUCCCUCUCGCCACUGCUACCACAGGUCGCAACAUUGCUGUCACUCCUGAUGAACCUCUUGCUACCAUGACUGCUGGAAUUGUCACUGCCUCUACUGGUCGCAACAUCACUCCUGACGACCAUGUUGCUACUAGAACUGCUGGAGCUGGCAAUGCCGCUGCUGGUCGCAAAAUUACUGUCACUCCUGAUGACCAUGUUGCUACUUUGACUGCUGGUGCUCGAAAUAUUUCCAUCAACGACACACGCACAGAUGAAGAUCCGUAUGGUCUCCGCAAUCGUCGUUCGAAAUGGUCUACUAGUGCUCAUGGUUCUGCCACGAACAAGUCCACUGCUGAAGAUGACGAUCCGUUGAAUCUUCGCGCUCGUUCAAGACUCCCAGCUGCAUCCGUCAUCCACACCGACAUGUUCACUGACGCUGAUGGUCCUACUCCUACUGGUCCUCCAAUUCCUGGUCCUGCCACCACUGGUCGUACCUCUGCCGGCACUCGAUCUGGUUACCCUGAUCUGGAGACUAUCCGAGCUCGUCGUCAUGAAAGAAUUCGUGAACGCUUAGCUAGACACGGCGCUAACUUUCCUACCGCAACUACCGCUACUCCCACGACUGCCACUGUCACGACUGCCACUGCCACUGAUGCGCCUGGUACUGAUGAGUGCACUGCACCACCUCCUCGUGUUUGCCCUGGUCGUCGUCAAGCUUCUGCUGCGACUGCAGGAUCCAGCACCACUCCUCAACAGCCACGUGCCGCAGAACCACGUGAGACUGCCAUCCAACGCCUUGCCAAGAACCGACUCUACCAGGAGCUCCAGGAUCUUGUCAACACCAACUUCCCUUCUGCUGCGGCUCGCCGCACGGCCUUCGCGCAGGCCAGACAGCGCCUUCUACAUUCCGAGACGGUGGCGGCGGCACGCGGAGAGCAACCUCUGCGUGCCACUGCCACCAAGGCGACGCAGGAGGCAUUGACAAUCGGGCGCGAUGACGCGUUGAACGCGGUCCGGCAGCAACGUGCUGCCGAGGCCGCUCGGAUGAGGGCCAGCAGGGCCGGAACGGAGGCGAACGCUCGUGCCAGAGAGCAGGGGUUCGGGUUUGACAUCGGGGGGAUGGGCGGGUGGUAUGGCGAGUUGGAGGCCAUGCAGAUCCAGGGUCUUGGUGGCAACAAGGCCACUGGCAAGAAGGAGGACGAGGCCAAGGAGAAGUGA